AUGACAGAGCUUCCGCCUGAUGCUGUUCCGUCAAAGUCGUCGCACAAGUCAUCCACCUCAUCGUCAAACAAGGACGGUGGAUCGGGUGUGCCUACUCUGGUCGCUAUUCCUACCGUCAUCGCAGAAAUCGCCGUCGAUUGGGCCCCGCUCCUCGCAGGCGCCACUACUACCUUCGCCAAUGUCUCGACUGGUAUCGCCGCCCUCGGCCGCUUUCCGCUUGUCUCCUCCAUCGAUGUCACCGUCACAGUCCUUCCCGUCCUGGCUCCGCUGCCAAGCGAGAAGCACUUGGACCGCGACCGCGACUCUCGUCGUUCGCGGUCAAAGCACGGUUCUAGCGGCUCGCGCUCGCCGGCCCCGUCGCACGCCCCGCCGCGCCCAGCCUCGCCGCCUGCUGCUCCACCGUCUGGAGACCCUGUGGAUUUACUCUCGCCCGAGCAGCGCGCGUUCUACAAUCCGAUCGCCGUCUCCAUUCACGGCGUCUACGACCUGCCGCAGACUCCGCUCGACGCAGCAGCUCUCGCCAGCGUCUGCUCUCCACUCUUUGUCGAGCUCCACUGGCUCGCACCGGAGCCGCCGCGCCGCUCACCACCUGUCGCACAUGCUUCAUCAGUUGCGCUCAACUACACCGCCGUCUUCUUUGCAUCAGACUACAACCAUGACGACCUCGUCGACUUUCUGGCCUCGGACAAGCUUUGUCUCAAGGUGCGCGAUCGCGAGCCCAAGCCUGUUACAUCAGACCUCACGCCAAAUGUCGACCCCGCAGAUGCUACUGCAGCUGUCCCGCCGGUCUCCUCGGUCUGGGACGUGGUUUUUGGUGACUCGGCGCCGCCCUCGCCCAAGAUCGACGACGAGGCCGUCAGCUCGAGCAAGCCGGACCGCGUUGCCGCCUCGCCGCCGCCGCGGCCGUCGUCGUCGUCCAAGAGCCGAAAACAAGGCCAGCGCAAGUCGACGACGUCGUCAAAGUCGCGCACCGGCACAGGCUCCAACUCGGGCAAGGCCACCUUGGCACACCGCUCAAAGGGCAAGAGCAAGAGCUCUGCGCCCGCGCCGCCGUCGUUGCGCAAGACUCGCAAGUCGGCCAAAGUCCGCGCUGUUGACACCAAGCUCAUAGAAGAGUCCAUCUCUCAGGUCCGUGGGACCGGCAGCGACGGCUCGGGCCCUCAUGGUGUUGCCACCCUCGCCACCUCGGCCAUCGUCAAGCGCGGUAUGGCCCGGACCUCGGUCGAUGCCUUUCUUGUCCCAAACGUGUCGGUCACCCGCUCGUCAGCCUCGCUGGCCCGAGCCGGCGCCGGCCGUCUGGGUCGCUCCGUCACGCCAAUCUUGCCUGGCCAUUACGUCCAGGCUGGCACCUACGUCUCGGCCACCAUUGCCUCGUCGUUUCCGCUCAACACUCCGCUGGUUCAUCAUCCGUACAUCCGGCUGAUAAUCUCGAUGCCGUAUGAUGCGCUCGUCACCGCUCAGGCUGUCCUUGCCGCCAUCCGCGCCGCCAACGCGUCGGUGCUUGGCUUGUCCGGUGAUGCCGCUACGCCUGCUGCACUCCGGGCAUACAUGCUCUCGUCCGACCAGCGGGCCGAUCCCAACCUCGACAUUGUCACCGGCAUUCAGAUUAUCACCCCUGCUGCUCGUGUCUUUCUUCUCGAGGGCUGCGCCGCAGGCGCGAGCCUGGCUGCUGUUGCCGAUGCCGCCUCACGCCUCCGCGCCCCCGACGUGCCUGUUCUCUGCAACAACGAGGUUACCUUCCGCGACCGGCUCUACGCCUCGGACGACCUCGAAGUCGGUGCACUCAAGCUUGCAGUCACACUUGAUGAUAUGCUGGCUGUCCGCGACCUGUACAUCCGCAACCGAGUUCCCGGGCCGGCUGUCGAAGCUGCUCUCAAGCUCGAUCUGCUCUCACGAGCCCCAUCGAUGCGGUUUGUGGCCCGCAUGAACGCCUUUCCUACACGCGCCCAGCUCUACGCGCUCGGCCGCAAGUAUGGCACUUCGCUCACUCCGCUCGACUACGGAGUAGAAGAGGAGGGCCAGGCAGUGGCCGGCGCCGACCACGCGGCCGGCGUCGCGCAAGAUGCCCCGACCCGGCCGAGCUCGCGCGGCGACAAGUCCGCGCAGAGCCAGGCCUCGGCUCUGAGAACCCGGACCGCGCUUGAUCACUACAACGCCGAGUUUGUGGCCACACUCGAGACUCGCCAGGUCGAGGGCCCGCCCGACCGCGUCCGCGCGCACAUCGAGGCCUACCGCGGCAUCUCGCGCGCCGAAGCCCGCGCCCGCUUUCUUGCCGGAAGACCGGACGUAGCUGCCGGAGAAGCGCCGGUCUACAUCUACGGCGGCCAGGCGCUCAACGCAGCCGAGCUCGCCCGCAAGGAUUUGGCUCAGCAUCUGGCCGCCAACGCCGGUGACGUGCACUACACCUACUCCCCGCACUACCUCUCAGGCGCCGUCGCACUGGAAACACCCGAGGAGGCCACCCGCCGUGAGGCCGCGGCCUCCCAGGCGCUCCAGCUCACCCAGCACGGCUUUGAGCCACAACCGCGGUCGCGAGCCGCAGACCUCGUCCAUCCGCUCAAGCCGCAUCCGUCGCGCGUCGCCGAGCUUGCCGAGCCGUUUGUUGACCCCGUCCCGCUCUUUCUGCAAACCCGCGACACCGGCGGUGAUCCCAACAAGCCACCAUUCCACGUCGACGGCGAAGCCGUGUUGGACGAGACGCCGCUGGUGGCGUCAGUUCAUUACGCUGGCGAUGUCCGUGAGAACGAGCUCGAUGAGGCGCUCCAACGCGAAAAGGCCGAGUGGGAGGCCAAGCUUGUGGUCGAUGACCCCGUUUUCCGCAUGGUCACGCCCGACAAGGUGCCACUCGACGGCGAGACACCUGGCGAGUUCCGCACCCGCAAGAUCGAGGCACGGCUGGCCCGCUCCGCCGAGCCGCCAUCGCUUGCCUCGGGCCAUGUGUACGUCGACCCCCCACUCGCCACAACCCCACUGCGGCCCAACCUGCGCCGCAUGGGCGACGAGGAGUUUGACAUCUUUACUCGCCCACCGCGCGACGUCAUUGCCAAGCCGCACAUCGUCCCGCUCUCUGACGCUGAGCGCGCGGCAUGGUACGAGCCCAGCUAGCUGCAAACUAGUACCGGUGGUAGAGCGGCGUGCCGGGCUCGCGGCCGUAGCCCAGCGACUGGUCAAACGGCAUCGACGAGUUGAGUGAGUUGUAGUGCAGCGAGUUGUUGAGCGAGGUGUCAAAGUCAAAAGUGAG